AUGCCUUCUGUAAUUGAAACCACAAGUAUAACUAGAAAAGAAGUUCUUGAUAUGAUGAACGAAAAGGAAAAACUUGAACAACAACUAAAAUCUCUUGGAGAAGUUUUGGAAUCGCAUGGAGUUGGUAUGAGCGAAUCUUUAGUGGAUGACCAAGACUUUCCUAGAAAUGAUAUUGAUGUAUAUCAAAUAAGAUUAAUACGUAAUCGUAUUAUUUGUACACGUAACGAUUUGAAAGCUUUAAUGGAUCGUAUUGAAAAAAGUUUAAAUGAUUAUUUUGCACAUCGUAACCACAAUGAAUCUGAAGAACACAUUCCUAAUGGAAAUUGCAGUUUAAAACCAGAUAAUUAAUAAUUCACCAUUUGUAUAUUUUUAAUAUUAUGAUUUGUUUAUAUACUGAAAUAAUAUAAUUUAA